UGUACUAAACGAGACAAACUGGUAUUAAUUGCACGCAGAACGAUAUUUUUUGGAAACUGGGUGAUUUACGGAAGACUCCCAACUUGUUUUUCACUUGUCUAGACCUUCCAGAGACACGCACGAGCACAAGAAUUCGGUCUUUUCAAUAAUCAUCGUUUGGAGGAAUUCUGGGUGUUGUGACCUAAGGUCAACGGUCAACGAUGCCUGAGUUGAUUCCCAAUGUGGUGACGACCUCUGAGGCCGAUGAGCCGGCCGAGAAGACGGACACGCCGGCCUCCAAGCCGAUGGUCGGGAUCAUCUACCCUCCACCUGAAGUUAGAAAUAUUGUGGAUAAAACUGCCAGUUUUGUUGCUAGGAAUGGGCCUGAGUUUGAGUCAAGGAUUCGUCAGAACGAGAUCUCCAACGCCAAGUUUAAUUUCUUGAAUCCUGGUGAUCCCUACCAUGCCUACUACAGACAUAAAGUCAAAGAGUUCCAGGAAGGGAAGGCUGUCGAGCCAUCCGGGGCUAUGCCUCUCAAGCUCCAGCUACAGUUGACGGCGAGCCAACCUAAGCCCACCCUCUUAGCGGAACCAGUUGUACCUAAAGAACCUCCUCCAGAAUUUGAAUUUGUGGCCGAUCCGCCCUCCAUCAACGCUUUUGACCUGGAUGUUGUGAAGCUGACCGCUCAGUUUGUUGCCCGGAAUGGUGGUCAGUUCUUGACCAACCUUAUGAACAGAGAACAGAGGAAUUACAUUUUUGACUUCCUCAGACCUCAGCACAGCAUGUUUAAUUAUUUCACUAAACUUGUUGAACAGUACAUCAAGGUAUUAAUACCACCCAAAGACCUGUUGGAGAAGCUGACAGAAGAGGGCGCUACACGCAAGAUCGUCAUGGAGCAGGUUACACACAGGGUAGAGUGGGAGAAACACCAAGAAAGGCUGAGGAAAAAAGACGAAGAGGAGAGGGAGAAAGAAAGAGUUGCAUAUUCACAGAUUGAUUGGCAUGACUUUGUAGUGGUGGAGACGGUAGACUAUCAACCAGACGAAGAAGGUCAGUUCCCUCCUCCACUCAAACCAAGUGAGAUCGGAUCAAGAAUCCUAGCCGAGGAGAGAUACGAACAAUUUGGGGAGGAGCUUGCUGAAGAUGAGGACGUCGAGAUGGAGGUCGAGGACGAUGACGAAGAAGGAGAUGAUGAGGAGGAAGAAGGCGACGAAGAUGAAGAGGAAGAGGAGGAGGAGGGUGUGAAGGAGAAAGAGAAGGAAGAAGGAAAGAAGGAGGAAGGAGGAGAAAGGGUCAAAACCACGGAUCUUAAUACAGAGGUUCAAGACAUGGAAGAGGGGUCUGACUCUGACAUGGAGGAGAGUGAUGAGGAGAAGGAGGAGGAGUCUGCUCCUGCGCCCCCUGCUCCGCCCAAGGAGGUCGCCCCCAUGCUGCCGCCCCUCCCCCCACAGCUGGGAGAGGCGAUCAUCAAGAAAGAUUACAAUCCAAAAAUGGCGAAGCAAGCCCAACCGUUGGAUACCACCAAGUAUCUCAUCUCACCCAUCACUGGAGAGAAGAUUGCUGCAGACAAGAUGCAAGAACACAUGCGAAUCGGUUUGCUGGAUCCCAGAUGGGUGGAGGAGAGGAGUCGUCAGAUGUCUUCGAAGGCCCAGGAGGAAGUCUAUGCUGCCGGGUCGUCUAUCGAAGAGAGUCUGAAAAACCUCGCCGAAAGAAGAACAGAUAUCUUUGGAGAGGGUGAUAUUGAAACACAGAUCGGAAAGAAGAUUGGUGAAGAAGAAGAGGAAGAUAAGAAUAAACAGAAGGUCAUCUGGGAUGGACACAGCGCCAGCAUGGAAUCUACUACCAGGAAGGCUCAAGCAGGAAUCACACUGGAAGAUCAGAUUAAUGCUUUCCAUAAAUCAAAAGGACUUCUACCAGACAAGGAGAAGGAGCGAAUUGGUCCCCAGAAAACAAAAGCAGCAGCACCUCAGCCCCCGAAACCACCCCCACAGCCCCCCAAGCCCAGCACCGCUGCACCGGUGGUCCCCGCACAGCCUCGCCAGGCCCCCCCUGCACAACCGCCCCCGAUGCCCCCUCGCAUGCCUCUGGUACAGCAGGUCCCGAUGGUGAGGGCGCCGGCUGCGCCCCUGAUGCAGAUACCGUCAAGACCGAUCAUGAACCCCUUCCCGGGUCCGCCACGGAUGCCCAUGCAGCCCCAGCCUAGAAUGCAGGGUGGUCCUAUGGGUAACCGACUUCCUAUGCCUCCCCCUGGCCCCCCUCAGAUGAUGAGAGGUGUUCUACCAGAACCUCCCAGGGGAGGACCGCCCAGACAGGACAUGGGUAUGGACGAACCACCAGCAAAGAGACAGAAAACAGAGGACGAUCUCAUCCCAGAGGAACAGUUCCUUGCUACACACAAGGGUACUGUUAUGUUCAACGUGGUAUGUCCUCUGGUCCAAGAUAAGCCAGAAUGGAAGCUGCACGGUCAGCGGAUUACCCUCAACAUGCCUCUCACUGACCAGGUGUCUGUCAUCAAAGCCAAGCUCUUUGAACAACUUGGGAUUCCGGCGGGUAAACAGAAGCUACAGCACGAGGGUCUAUUCAUCAAGGAUUCAAACUCGCUUGGCUUCUACAAUUUCAUGCAUGGCACUGUGGUUCAACUUCAGCUCAAGGAACGUGGAGGAAGGAGACGUUGAGGAUACCAUACAAUGUACUUUUUAUCAUCAUGUGAUAUAUCUCUCAUGUACUAUUGGACUGUUUAAAGAUACCAUACAUUCUUGUAAGGAGACUGUUUUUAAGAUGAGGUCGCCAGGGAUGGUGAUUUUACCUUUCUAAAAUGGUCUUUUCCAUCCCUCAAACCUGAUCUAAAAUUAAAAUCAUGGUUUGUCAUAUAUUAUAAUGUACACAGCAGAAACAAGAAAUAACUUUUGCAAAGGUAAAUUCAAUGAAUUUU